AUGGAUCUGGACGUCAUCGAGGGGCUGAAUGAGAUCCGUCCUUCAGUUUAUCGAGUUGCCAUGAAGCUCCUGUCGCUGCAGAGGCUCUGUCACCUGCACAUUGUGUACGUGCGACACGUCAUGGCGGCGUUCAGCUCGCUGGAUGGGACGGGACAACAGGAUGUGAGGUUGAGCAGACAGGAAGUGACCCAGGCUCUCAGCAGGAUGUUUAACAGCGCGUCACAGGAAGUUUCGGGUCAUGUGAUUGAGGAGACGUGUGACGUGAUACUGCGUCUGUUCGACGGGUCAGAGGCUGCGUCGCUGUCCGCCAUGUCUCUCCAGGCGGCGCUCGUGGCUUUGUCGGCUGACGCUCUGCUCGCCAAGUACAGAGCUCUGGUGAGACUCUGUGAAAACCCGUCAGGAUCCAUCAGCAGAUCUCGACUCAGGUCGUUACUUUACGACCUUCGUCAGGUUCCAGCCGCCGUGCAGGAGGAAGGAGUUUUCGGCGGCGUGGAGGAGGCAGUGAGGUCGUGUUUUAACGGGGUGUUGACUCCGACAGUGAGCGCAAAACACCUGAUGUCAUGGCUGCAGAAUGAGCCACGCCUGUUGCUAUGGUUACCCACUUUAUACCGGCUGUGUGUCAGUCAGAACGUCAGUCACAUGGUCCGAUGCCACACCUGCAAGACGUUCCCCAUCACUGGACUCAGGUACCGAUGUUUGAAGUGUGUGAAUGUGCAUGUGUGUCAGAGCUGCUUCCUGAGCCAGAGACAGACACGCAAACACAAACCACCACAUCCUGUCCUCGAGUUCUGCACACAGCCCACCUGGCGGGAGUCUCUGUCCUCGUUAGUGCGCAGCGCCCGUCACAAUCUGUUGCCACGACGAUACACUCAGAGAGAAGCUGAUAGGAGGGUCCUGAUGUGGGCGGAGCCAGGAGAGACUCAGAACAGAGCUCCACCCCCUUCUGACGCCUCACCAUCAUUGGAGGAGACAGCUGUCCGUCACAGCUCCUGCUCGUCUAAAGCUCUGCAGACUGAUGAGGUGACGUUUGAUGACAGAACUGUUGUUUAAAUGUUUGUUUAUUUGUUGAGUAAUAUUUGUUUGUGUCGAUUUUCAGACGCUGACGACCGACGUCGGAAACCUGCAGCGAGACAAGUGGUGAGAAACACCGAGACCAAUCGGAGACAAGCUUGGACGUACAAGUCGUCAUGUUUGUUUGUCGUCAGGCUGCUGGAGCAGGAGAUGCAGGAGUGGAGACUCACCGUCCAAUCAGAACACAGCAUCCUGGAGGACAGGUGCUCCGAGAUGGAGGUUACCAUGGAAACACUGAGGCAACAGAACGUCGGUCUGCAGAUUCUGCUCGCUCAGACUUUGAACAAGACGGAGGAUCAACAACCCGCCAGUGACACGCCACACGCCAGUGACACGCCACAAGCCAGUGACACGCCACACGCCAGUGACACGCCACACGCCAGUGACACGCCACAAGCCAGUGCUGACACGGAGAAAACGGGUAGAGAUGACAUCACCUCUGACACAGAGAUGAACUCAGAGGAGGACAACGAACAUGUGAUGGACGAGUGGAGUGAAGACGAAAGUCGAACUCCAUCUCCCACAAUCCACCAGGAGGUGUCUCCAGCACAUGAAGGCCACUGUGAGGAGGGGUCUUUGGGUGACAGGCAUCUCUGUCGUCCAAUAGAACGAGAGGAAGGAGACACCUGUCGUCCAGAAGAGCUGCUCCAACAAACUGUCGACAGACUGAAGACUGAGAUGGAGACAGACAGGUGGAGAGACAGACAGACAGGUGACAUGAAGGGGGCGGAGCUUGUGGAGGCUGCAGAGCAGGUGGGAGGCUCAGUUCAACACCUGGUGGUCGCAGUGAGAACUACACACUCUGACAGAUGAGUCGUGUUCAGGUCCAGCGGACGCCUCUUCUUCCUGCAACGUUUGGAGGCAGAGCCAGGUGGCGCUGUGCAGGUGGGG